AUCUGAGAUCUGACAAUCUCAUAGAUAAUGGAUAUGUCCAGAAUAUAGAGAUAAUAGAAUUGGAAGAGUCUUCUUCUUUUGUAUCCAGUGUUUAUAAAAAUAAUCACAAAUGAUAUGUAAUUCAUGGAGGUUAAUUUUUAUAUCAAAAAAUAGCCGCAAAACCUGUGUAAGAAAGCGAAAUGGCAACAAAAAUGAUUCCUUUUUGUUCAUUGUGCGGGAAUAUGAUGUUUGUAGAGGAAUUUAAUGCGUGUAAACUUAAAAUGGUAUGUAAAAUUUGCCCCACAUUCUAUAAUAUCACGAAGACUAUAACAAACAGAAGCUAUUAUAAACUCAAAGAAAUAGAUGAUGUUCUUGGAGGAGAAGAAGCAUGGAAAAAUGUAGAUUCAACUGAGGUAGUGUGCCCAAAGUGCAGUCACGGUAGAGCCUACUUUAUGCAGCUGCAAACACGUUCUGCAGAUGAGCCAAUGACAACCUUUUAUAAAUGUUGUAAUUAUGAAUGUUCACAUAACUGGAGAGACUAAAUGAUAUCUGGAUUGAUAACUUUUAUUUUACCAUGCCACAAUUGUAUGUUCAGUUAGGCAAAAAUGUAAACUACUUGUGUAAUGAAUUUUCAAGAAUAUGAGAAAUUAAAGGCCUCUAUACAUAGA